AUGAAAUCAUUCAAAAUCGAUCAAGAACGUUGGAUUUUUGAAGAUUAUUUGCCUGUCAGUCUAACUGGUCUAAUCAUCCUAUGCAUUGUCCUCACAGCUGUUGUUGUCAUCUUUUUCGGAUGUUAUCUAAUGAUGAGAUUUAUGCACAAAGCAUUGGCAAGAGAUGAUUCAAAAGAUAUGCUUCGUUCAAACAAUCCAUAUAACAACGUCGUGAUGCACUCGAAAAGAGUUUAUGAGAUUCAAGCAGAAGAAGGAUGUUUCAAUGGACCCCCUGACCCAUUGGAGGGCAGUGAACUAGAAGAUGAUCACAUGGGAGAUUCUCAGAAUACUUCAGUUUACAUCGAAGAUGAAGAGCCACAGAAAGUGCGAAAACCGGAGAGCGGAGAUCUCCGAGCACCUAGAAAUCCAGAGCAAUUCGAUGACGAUCCAAGGGCAAUGUUGCGCAAGAAACAGAAGGUACACAAAGAUUCCGUGUGCGCCUUCAUGUUCAAACCUCAUGUCGAACCAAAAAUGGUCUAA